UCAGUACAAGCGUGGAAACCAAGAACAAGUCACUGUUGAGCAUCACACUAAUUAACCUCGUACAGACACCUUCCUUGAGUGACGCUGCGAAUGAAUACCUCCUACACACCUACAGUACCUCCUCCUUAGAGCCCCGAGUGUCUCUUAACUGCAGCAGGAGUUUAUAAGGCAAAGUAAAGGUGGUUUUGUGUAUCGCCAUCAUGAUCGUCACUAUGGUAACAGACGUGACGGCUAAGACAACGACAAUGAGGACGACUAACCUUCUGCCACAUAGCAUGGAGGUCAUCAGCGUACAUGGACUGCAGGCGGACGAACUGCCUGGUUUCUACAACUCUACCUGCGGCCCCUUCACCCCCAGCCCGACAUGCUUCACGCAACUCAACCUCAAGUGUCUGAACGGGAGGUGCGUCUGUGUGGAGAACUACGUCCCCAAUGGUUCAGGAGGUUGCAAUGAGGAUCUGGUGACGAUGCUGGUGACUUGGAUUGUACGCCUCUUCGUCAGUGCCUGUAUCUUCCUCAUAUGCCUCACCAUCUUUCACCUGUUCAUCUCCAGGAAGUGCUGUCGGCAGCGGGGCAGAGAGGAGCAGGAAGAAACUGCGGACUCGGAGGACAGAAGGAGCAGCACCUGUUGGUAUGACGAGCCUCCCCCGUAUCCUGAAGCAGUGGAUGAGCUGCCGCCCCCGACCUACCAGGAGGCUGUGGCUAAGGAGAACGAGUUUGGUUGCAGCGAGGGACCGACAAGACCAAGGGAGAGAGAAACACCUGCCACCCCUUCCCCUUCCCCUGCCCCUGCCCCAGCCCACGCCCCUGUCCACGCCCCCGUCAGGAGAGGCGUGGAGACCAUCAGCACCUCAAGCAUGCCACACCCACAGCCCGACCUAUGUACCACCCACGCCCAUCAAACCUUACAUAUAUAGUCAUGUUUAGUUAUAGGAGAUAGUCAAACAAUAAACAGGAUAUAGACAGAAAGAAAAAAAAAAAAAAAAGGAUAGAUAUUUCAUUGCUACAUCGCAUUUAAUCAAUUACAUCAAACAUAUCUAGUUACAUCUAAUUGCAUGCACUAUCAAACAUUCCUCUUCCAUGUGCUUCACCAACAGGAAAGGAGGGUAAGAGACGGAAGGGAGAUGAGAGGGGAAGAAGAGGAGAGUUGUUAUUAGACUGCAUCCAUAUAACAUUCUUUCUGGUCACGUUUGUGUUUGCAAGAGGAUUAGAGACGGAAGGGAGAUGGGAGGGAAGGAGAUGAGAGAUGCUGCUUCACUAUCUGUCCAUUUUCUUUCUGUCUUCCACUCUCUGACAAGGAAGAGGAACAGAGACGACCAUAACAUCACAACUUCCUUCCUUCCUCCUUCUCCUCCAUCUCCUCCUUUUUCUCCUCCACAUUUCCGUGUACAUAGAUGUGUAUACUGUAUAUCAUGUAAAUAAAAUAAAUAAAUAUAAUUUUGUAUGAAGAA